AUGGCAUCUCAAGACUCUCACGAAAUCACUCUCUUAAUCGAAAGGAGUCUUUCGAUUUCUCCAAAAGAAUUUGAGGCCGAAAUCACUCUCUUAAAUGAAAAGAGACUUUCAAUUUCGCCAAAAGAAUUUGACGUGAUUGAGUUGGCUCGAAACUUUAAUCACAAUAUCCCCGCUAUGCCUACUAAGGAAGAUAUCUACAAGCUUGUUAUUAAGCUCAAAGUCAAAAAAUAUGGGGAUUUUAACGAUUCUGUCGUAAAUCGAAUUGGGGAACUUUUGUGGCUCACUGUCUCUGAAGAAGAAAAAAUAAAAAUUAGUGAGGAGUACAAUAAUCUUACUAAACAUGUAGUUGAAAUAUUGACGUCAUCUACACAACCAACCAUUCCAACUACAGACGCAACUAACGAACAAUCAUUUGAUGAAAUCUUUUACAGAGGCAUCGAUUAUAUUCCAUCAAUAAAUUUUAAUAAUCAGCUUCCGGAUUCUAUAGAUAUUGUCGGAGGCAUCACUCUUCCACCCCAAACGAAUAGAUAA